AUGUGGAAGAUGGGUUUUGUCGUGAUUUGGACAAUAUUUGCUUCAAAAUUUCAAAAGACGCUCAAUAAAGAUGUGAGACUCUUGCUGCAUCGAUGGGAGAGUUUCCUGAGGAGAAAAAAGCAGCGGGUGUGCCAACACCAGGAGAAGAUUUUAUACCUCGCCGAAGGGGCAGAAUUCGACCGCCAAAUCUUCCCGUAUCAAGUGUUCAGUGAAUUGAUCCCACUGCAAAAACGCAUGAAACCACCGUACAGUGUUCAGUCAAACUUCUUUCGCCGUGUGGCUUCCAUGUACACGAGGUAUCAGUCCCAGUCCCGGCGACAGCACAGCGGGCUCCGCCACGACCACAGCACCUUUCAGAGCACAUUUUUGUUGAGCAAAUACCUGCUGCUACAAGCAGAUGAAUUAACCCAGAAUUCACCUGCAGAGCCCGGGCCAGCACGAAUCUGCCUUACUGUGAUGGUCAAGAGUGUCCAUGGUGAAGUCCCUGGUAUUGGGGAACAGGGGUCCGCCACACUGGAGAGAGCAGCACAUUCGAUCUGGACAAACUCAGUGGAAAGACACUGUGUUGACGGAUAUCCUUCUGAUGAAUACUGUCAAGACUAUGAUGGCAUCGUAGUAUAA